AUGAACAUAAAUGGAAGGAACUAUUCAUCUUCUUCUGUAAUGCCUUUUACCGAAUACGAAUUUCAAGAUGAUGGAAAUUUAUUAAAUCCUGAUAUUCUUCUUGCUAUUGAUCCCCGUCAUGAGAAAGACAAUAUCCUAAUUGAAACUUUUUCUGAAAUUGAAUUUGAAUCAUUCAACGAAAAAAUUUCAGAAGGUAGAUUGGCAUUUAAUUUGCAAAAUAUUUGA